ACUGACCUCCCUCUCCUUUCCACAGGAAGCGACUCCUGCAACGCCGCCGCCAUGCCCAAAGUCCAGGUGCCAGAGACUGAUGACAACAUGAGGGCCUUUGCUGAGAAGGUCUUUGCAUCAGAGACUAAAGAUGAACAGGUGCGAGAUGAAAUCUCRCUGUUUGAUGUGGCUGAAGACUGUCCCAUCCUUCACCAGGAGAUGGCACACCACCUGCAUGCUGAUGAUAAUGCAGAGAAACGCAAAAGGCUUCAGAGCAGCCGUUCCCCCCAGGCAGUUGCUGCCCCGGUGKUGGUGGACAUCCCCACCUAUCUGGAGGUCCCYGACUUCCAGAGAGUGGCCAUCAUUGGUGACUACGCUUCUGGGGUGACCAUGGAUGACUUUGAGUUGUCUUGUAAGGGUCUGUACCGUGCUUUAACCAUCAGGGAGAAAUACAUGAGGCUAGCCUAUCAGCACUUUCCCAGAACAGCCUCCCAGUUCCUGCGUCAGAUAGAGGGAAACACGUUCAAAGUUGAAGAUGAGGUGCAGCCAGUCUUCAAUGCUCCACCAAAACAUGGGGAGGACCCUUUGGGCACCUCAGACCUGCCAGAGAAUCUUGGCUAUGUGGCUCGUAUGAAGGACGGCCUCAURUAUGUGUACAACGACGCUGCAGCUGCUGACAAGCAUCAGCCCAAGGACCUGCUUCAUCCAGACUACAACACCUUCAUUGAUGACAUGAACUUCCUCAUUGCGCUGAUUGCUCAGGGCCCGACAAAGACUUACACUCACAGGCGUCUGAAGUUCCUCAUGUCCAAGUUCAAUGUGCAUGAGAUGUUGAAUGAGAUGGAGGAGAUGAAGGAGCUGAAGAUGAACCCCCACAGGGAUUUCUACAACUGCAGGAAGGUGGACACCCACAUCCAUGCUGCUGCCUGCAUGAACCAGAAGCAUCUGCUGCGCUUCAUCAAAAGGUCUUACCGUGUGGAUGCUGACCGGGUGGUGCACAACCUUAAAGGGAGGGAGGUCACCAUGAGGGAACUGUUUGAGUCCCUCAACCUGCAUCCAUACGAUCUCACCGUGGACUCUUUGGACGUGCACGCUGGAAGACAAACAUUCCAACGUUUCGAUAAGUUCAAUGCUAAGUACAACCCUGUAGGAGCCAGCGAGCUGCGGGACCUCUACCUGAAGACCGAAAAUCACCUCAGUGGGGAAUAUUUUGCCACUAUUAUUAAGGAAGUAGCCAGUGAYCUGGAGGAAGCCAAGUACCAGUAUGCUGAGCCCCGUCUGUCUAUCUAUGGUUGUAAUCCCAAUGAGUGGGGUAAACUCUCCAGUUGGUUUGUAAAGCACAGAGUCUUCUCCCCCAACCUCAAAUGGAUGAUUCAAGUCCCCAGAAUCUAUGACAUCUUCAGAAGCAGGAACUUUGUAGCACACUUUGGCAAAAUGUUGGAGAACAUUUUCCUUCCCGUGUUUCAGGCCACCAUUGAUCCACARUCCAAUCCAGAGCUCAGCAUCUUCCUUAAGCACGUGACAGGAUUUGACAGUGUGGACGAUGAGUCCAAACACAGUGGCCACAUGUUCUCCACAAAAAGUCCAAAACCAGAAGAGUGGGACAUCGUCAAGAACCCCUCCUACACUUAUUAUAUCUACUACAUGUAUGCCAACAUUGCUGUUCUUAACCAGCUGCGUAGACAGAGAGGAUUGAACACRUUCACAUUCAGGCCUCACUGUGGUGAGGCUGGAGCCGUCACCCACUUACUGGCAGCCUUUAUGACUGCUGACAACAUCUCUCAUGGUCUUAACCUCAAAAAGAGUCCAGUUCUCCAGUACUUGUACUUCUUGACCCAGAUCCCAAUCGCCAUGUCCCCUCUUAGCAACAACAGCCUGUUCCUGGAGUAUGCCAAGAACCCACUGCUGGAGUUUCACCAGAAGGGCUUGAUGGUGUCUCUGUCCACUGACGACCCCAUGCAGUUCCACUACACCAAGGAACCCCUAAUGGAAGAGUAUGCCAUUGCAGCUCAGGUGUUCAAGCUAAGCACUUGUGACAUGUGUGAGAUUGCCAGGAACAGUGUGCUGCAGAGUGGCUUGUCUCAUGAGGAAAAGAUUCACUUCUUGGGUUCAGAUUACCAGAAAGAAGGCCCAGAGGGCAACGACAUCCGUAAAACCAACGUGGCUCAGAUCCGCGUGGCCUACCGCUUUGAGACGCUGGGCUAUGAGCUCAACCUCAUUAAGGAGGGCCUGAAGGUGGAGUGAACACAGAGGAAACACGCAAGCCUUUUAUCAAAGCUCACCUGAAAUUUUCGUAGAUAKGAUUAUGCUAAAGUUUUUUACAGGAGGACUUUGACAAAAGAAACCAUUUACAACAUUUAAAGAAACAGACACUUCUGAUGAACUACUGUUGGAUCUUUCUGAGACAGAACGGUUUGAAUAAAUGGAUUUCACUAUUUCAGAGGGAGAAACAUUAUGCACAACAGCCAAUGGAAAUAAAACAUUACAAAUAACAACUAA